AUGGCCGAUUCGUCGGUUGCCCCUCCAGGAACAAGCUUGCCCGCAGCGGUCCCUCUCCAAUCUGGUCACAAGACUGGCUUUGUUCAACCUUCGAGUUAUCUUCGACCACAACAUCAGACACGAUCCAUGACCUCCAGACUGGAGAAGCAGAUCGACAAAGAUGAGAGAAAUGCUCUGAAUGCAAUUCGCAAAUUCCUGAAAGUCCGCACGAGUUACGAUGUCCUACCUCUCAGCUUCCGCCUAAUCAUCUUUGAUACUGCCUUGACUGUUAAAGAGAGCUUAAACAUUCUGGUUCAAAAUGGCAUUGUCUCUGCUCCGCUAUGGGACUCCAGCUCCUCCACAUUUGCUGGCCUUCUCACCACCUCCGACUACAUGAACGUCAUUCAAUACUAUUGGCAGAACCCCGCCGCAUUGGUGCAAAUAGACAGAUUCAUAUUGAGCAAGCUAAGAGAUGUCGAGCGCGCCCUUGGUGUUGUACCACCGGAGACGGUCUCGAUUGACCCCGAGAAACCCCUUUACGAAGCAUGUCGCAAAAUGCUGAAGUCUCGAGCCCGUCGUAUACCUCUGAUAUCGCUAGACAGCCAGACCGGACGGACGAUGGUAACAAGUGUCAUCACUCAAUAUCGCAUCCUGAAGUUCGUGGCUGUCAAUGUUGGUGACACGACGAAGCUACGGAAACCUCUGCGUUCUUUGCAUCUCGGCUCUUUCGAAAAUCUUUGCACAGUAUCCAUGGAUACGUCGGUUAUAGAAGUCAUUUUUCUGAUGGUCAAGAGGAGUAUUUCCAGUGUGCCGAUUGUGACUUCGCAAAAUAUCCUGCUCAACGUGUUUGAGGCUGUUGACGUGAUCACUUUAAUCAAAGGAGGGGAUUACGAAGCUCUUCAGCUCUCGGUCGGUGAGGCGCUGAAGAAGAGACCUCAAGACUAUGCAGGCAUAUACACCUGCUCCAUGGACGACGGGCUCGACACCAUCUUCGAGACCAUUCGCAAAUCUCGAGUUCACAGAUUAAUGAUAAUCGACGAAGGUCAACACCUCGAAGGUCUGCUGUCACUCAGCGACAUCCUCGACUACAUACUACUAAAAGGCGAGGCCGAUGAGAUCGCAGAUUUAUGA